CAGUGCAACGUAAAUGUUGAAACGGAAAGUAAGAUGGAAUUCUCUAAAUCUGCUCUGUCUCACCUGGAAAUCAUUCCAGUCAAUGUAAUACCUUUCGCAUGUCUAAACGAACUGGUAUUCAAAGCUUUCAAAAGCAUAACAAAUUUCAUUGUCCAGAAUAUAGCAGCUGAACACCAAAUCUACCAACUCCUAAACUGGACCAAGACAGGGCAAAUGCCGACUGAAAAGCUUUAUUUGAAGCAGUCAACACCCUUGAAAGCUUUCAAAGACCUCCUGACUAUUGUGAAUAAGUUCCCUAGGAUAAGUAAACUUGAGACAGAUGAGUGCGGUUCUUUAGAAAGAACAGAAAUACUUGAAAUAGUAAGGACAUGUACACAACUUCAAUACUUCUCUUCUGUUGCAAGUGGCGUAAGCUGUAUUCUUGCCAUUUCUGAUCAGUUCAUGCGGAAACCUACCUCUAAACCUAUCAGCAAAUCAUUUGGCAAGCUAGGAGGGGAGCUAAGACUUGAGACACACGACAUUACGCUUUGUGUGCCAGAAGGGGCCAUACAGGGAGAAGGGGAAAUCAAAAUUGGUCUCCAGGCGUUAACCAAUCCUCCAUCCACACACUUCCAAGAGGAUGAGAUGGUUUGCAGCUUCGGAUUCCAGUGCACUAUUCCGAAUUCACCAGGUUUCAGAUUCGCAGUACCCGUCAGAGUGACCCUUCCACAUUGUGCCAUUCUUGAUGACCCUUCGAAAGUCGCGACAGGGAUCUACCAUGGUGAGCUGUGGCAUGAUACAGGAGAUGUGGAGAUCAGUACUAUCACUUACAUCCCGCCGUCAGAAAAUAGACUUCCAAGGUGCGAAGUGGAUGAAAAGGAGAUAACCGUCUUCAUUGACCACUUUUCAUUUCUAUGGCCAGUCCUGAAGAUUCGCAAUCCCUUUGUGAAAGGCAAGCGGUUGGGAUGCUUGCCCUUCGUACCCAAACAGAUGCCCCCUACGAAGAAACCAAUCUUAAGGGUGUAUCUCUUCGACAUCGUUAAAGGCAAUCCCGAGGAGAUUGAAAAGGAUGAAUCUAAAUGUGACUUCCGCAUGGCUCGUCCUAAGAUUGAACUCAAGGCGAGAAACGACCUAGAUGUCACUUACGGUAUGGAUGGAAGCAACGACCAUGACAACACGCCCAAGCAGAGUCUGCGGACAAUUCUGUUCAGUGACAUCAGGCAAUUGAUCCAAAAUACUGUCGACUUCAGGCUGAACUUCUCUGAACACGUGGAACAGUUCGCUUCGGUUAACCUCUCUGUAACUGAGGGGACUAAAAAGAGGGGCAAUCUUCUUUUCGACGUUGUCUUCUCAGGUGGUGACACAUCGGGUUCUUCUCCGGAUGCCAGGGCAGAUGAAGGAUCGGCAAGUGGAGUAAAUGAUGAAUUUGACAAGAUCUUGCAGAGAGUGGCCAGGUCUAUGAGUAAGGAUGAAGAAAUCGACAGCCUUGCUUCGGAACUGAAACUCAGCGUGUCAGAUGCUGAACGCUUCAUCCGGAAAAACAAUGGCGUCACUUGGAGAGGUACCCUCGACAUGCUGAGAACAUGGCGCAAAGGGGUUCAUAAAUUGCAGGAACGUGCUCUACUUAGUGCUGCUCUAGUUAGGGCUAAUCAGAUUAACCUUGUGAGCACCCUACUACCAGAAGAGGGGAAUUAA